AAUCAUUAAACCAGACCGGGAAAUUUGUCAAUUGCAAUUUGCAAGCACGAAAACAAAAGUCUCGUCGUCUCUCUCAGUUGUUCGUAACUCGAUCGACGCCGCUACGUGCUCCUUUCAGAUUUACCGGGGAAGUUGAAUCCAACUCUCGCUUUCGGCGGAGAAGAAUGCACGGCCGUCCAAGGAAAGCUUCUAAGCCAGAAGACGAAGCAGCUUCCGCUGCUAAAGCGGUUAAGCUUCGGUCUCUUCAGUCUCAGUUUAUGACUUAUCAUCACGAAAAAAUUUAUACCAAGGAAGCUAUUGAGUUGAGCACGAAGCUUUUAGAGAUCAAUCCUGAGGCGUACACGGCAUGGAACUAUCGCAAGCUUGCCGUGGAGGAUAGCCUUUCCAGAAUCGGGCCUGAUCCAAACUUGGUCAAGCCCAUUCUUGAUGAAGAACUCAGAGUGGUAGAGAAUGCUUUGAAGCAGAAUUUCAAGUCCUAUGGUGCUUGGCAUCAUCGGAAGUGGGUUUUGAGUAAAGGGCAUUCCUCCACAGGGAAUGAAUUGAAACUUUUGGAUAAAUUCCAGAAGCUGGAUUCCAGAAAUUUUCAUGCUUGGAAUUAUCGCAGGUUUGUUGUAGAGCUAACCAACAGGUCAGAACAGGAUGAGUUGCAGUAUACAGAUGAUAUGAUCAAUAACAAUUUCAGCAACUAUUCUGCGUGGCAUAAUCGUAGUGUACUUCUUUCAAGUUUGCUAGCAAACAGGGCUGAUGGAUUUAUGCCAGAGAAAAGGAUUCCUGAUGAAUUUGAAAUUGUACAUCAAGCUAUUUUUACGGACCCAGAUGACCAAAGUGGUUGGUUUUACCAUCUGUGGCUACUUGAUCAAACUGUUAAUGUGGAGUCUCCUCUUCUGACUUCCUCUUGGCCUUCGCAUGGUUCCAGUGUCAUUCUAUCUGGAGCUGGGUGCUUGAAUGGCCCUCCUUCUAACGUCACUACUUUUUGUUCUGAGACGGGUUCUUUUCCACUGAUUCUCUACUUUGACCAAGCUGUUGGUGGAGUUAGCCCGUUGACUGUUACAAUUGAUUCUGAACUAAAAGGAAACGAGAACCUUGUUUGGGAACCAAUUUCGAAUAAAAGCUCUCAAGUAUCUUGUGUAUGGGUUGCUCGUCUGAAAUAUUUUAGUUCACAACCUUGUGGAAGCAAGGAUCACAAAGUGAAAGUCAGGCUUGGGAACUCUCCAGGAAUUGUUUCUUCUAGAGGAUAUAAUUUCAGCGCUCCUUAUGAGUUUGUCUUUACAGUGCAUGUUCAAGAUACCGCUGAAGAUUCUCAUUCUCAAGAGAGCAUUGUUUCAUGGACGGAUGGUUUUGAACUUUGGGAUGCGCAGUCAAAGGAUUUGAACUCUCUUUUCACCUUGGAUCAGUUAAACAAUGGGAUUGAUUUAAAAUGGCGUCAGGCAGCUAUAGAUUCUGAGAUUGAAUGUUUCCGUCUAUUGGCUGACAGCAAAAUUGGAAAGCUCACCCUUGCGAGGCUUUUGAUGGCUUCGGAAGCUAUGACGUUGGAUGCUGCGGUUAAGGGUGUUUAUUAUGAAGAAAUCCUCCAGCUGUAUAAUGAUUUGAUGGCACUAGAUUCUUCGCAUCACCAGUACUACAAGAAUGAACACAGCGUAGCUUUUCUCCACAAGGUGACUUCAAGCAGUGAAUCCUUGUCAAGACACCUUUUUAGAUAUAGGGAUAUGAACAAUCUUGUAUGUCUCCGGCUAAAUAAGUUAUCACUAUCUCGGAUAGCCUCUGUCGAGAAAUUGCUGUUUGUCCAAAUGUUAGACCUUAGUCACAAUGAGCUACAUUCAACUGAAGGAUUGGAGGCAAUGCAACUUCUCUCUUGCCUAAAUCUGAGUCAUAACAGAAUCAGAAGUUUUUCAGCGCUGGACUCUCUAAGACAUGUGAAGCAGCUGAAGGUGUUGGAUGUUUCCCACAACCACAUCGGCAAGCACUCAGUGGACACAACACGGUACCUUUGUUCUUCACCGCUCUCUAAUUCAGACUGGAGUCAGGAUGGUGUAAGAGGACAGAAUCCAGGAUUGGUCACCAAAUACUGGGAUGCGUAUUUCGUGUUAAGAGAUUUGAAUCUGAAACAAUUAGAUAUAGCAGGAAAUGAAAUUGCAGAUGAUGAAUUCAGCUCUUUUGUCCUCCAGGUUGUGCCAAAGCUUGUAUGGCUCAAUGGCCAGAAACCUGGGAAUUAGAUCAUAGGGCCAAGUUUUUGUAUUUGUAGAUCAUCAAAUUCCCAAAGCAAUUGGGGUUCUCUUACUUGAUGAUGGUUGUUGUUGUGAUUUGUUUCUUAACAGUUAACAAUCUUAUUUAUACCUUUUUAUUUACCAAAUUUGGCUUA